AUGUUUAUGUAACCAUCUUCGAAUUCUAAAUAUCCUAAAGAAAAAUAUGAUUGGGUAAAUGCAGCAGAUGUAUAACAUAUACGAAGUGAGGGAUUAAAAGUAAUUCCUAUAUUUUCUAACUACACAUAUUAAGAAAUAGAUUUUCUACUUUCCAAAGUAAAUGGAGUUUACUUUCCUGGAGGAGAUGCAGAUUUAUGGUUAGAUGUAUAAUAAAAAGAAGGUUUUACAAGAAUGACAAAUACUGCAUAAUAAUUUAAUGAAAAAGGAGACUAUUUUCCUUUAUGGGGAACUUGCUUAGGAUUUUAAUUAAUGAGUUUAGGAUUUACCAACUACGAAAAAAUACUUGAUGAUGUAAAAGACUAGAAUAACACUAAAAGUGGAAAUAUAAUAGCUUUAAAAGGAAAAAUGUUUGAAUAACUUGAUGAAAAUGGGCUGUUUUCCCAGAAAAAUUUAAUUAAUUUUUGA